CGAAGUUCCUUAUCGCGGGUUACGGUUUCCGCAUGAGGGCUGCAGAAAAAAAGUGUAAAAUUUUGGAGCGACAGAAAAAAGCGACAGUAACCAAUCAGAAUUGAUCAUUGACAUUAUGCCCCGCCCACAUGCGCCGCAUAUAAUUUUUCGGUCAAACAGAAUUGAUAACUGGCAGUCAUAUGAUGUCCUGAAGCGCCCUAAUAUAGAGCUACAAUAAUAAGUUUAUCCAAAAAAAAAAAUGAAAAAGUCAAAUGCAGAUUAUUGUAAAGAAUACCGGCAGCGACAAAAGGAACUUAAUAAGAGCAAAAAAAAAAAAGUUAAUAAUAAAUCAAAUGCACAAUGUUGCAAAGAGUAUAGGCUGCGACAAAAAGAAAAAAAAAAGCAUUGGAUUGUGAUAAACUUGAGAGUAUUCAAAAAGGACCGAAAUCUGGUAUACUGAAGAAAAAAAAAGAAACCAUUACUACACAAAUGUCUAUUGACAACCCAAAUUACUCAUUUAAUUUCGAUACUUACGAGCAAGGUCAAAAUUGUUCAAUGCCGAAUAUUAUUUUAAAUCAAUUUUUCGACAUUCCUGGCGAUGGAAAUUGUCUUUUCUAUUCUUUAAUUAAAGUAAUGAACUUAUCAAUUUCCUCGCUAGAACUAAGAAAGCUACUCCUACAAUCAGAAUAUUUGCACACAUGCCAAAGUCCAUCUAGUGCUCAGACAAUAUUAAGUAGUGCAUCUGAGUAUGGAGAUUUGGACUGCAUAUUUAUUUUUUCAAAAGAAUACAAUCAAAACAUCUGCGUGCACUUUCAUUUUUUUAACAGCGUCUCUAAAAAAUCAGAUGUCAUAUUUUGUCAUUUUAAAUCAAAUUAUUCAUCAAAUUUCAUUCAUCUGCAUUUACAAAACAACCAUUUCACACCAUACAUUGAAGUAGGCCAAUUUAUUUCGAACGAUAGAGUUAAUGAUCAUGAAAUGGUUGAUCUAUCUAUUGAAACAGAUUUAAAUAGUGUUAACAACGAUGAUGAUAAUGUAGAUUGCGAAAACAAUGACGAUGGCAAUAAUAACGACGAAGAAAACAUGCCAAUUGACGAAGCUACAGUUACUUUACCAAUUUACACACGCUAUUAUGAACAUGCGAAUGGUCACUUACAAUUUCACCGUAAAUUUAAAAACAAUUCUUUCGGACAUUCCUGUGCUGUUUGUAAUAGGCUUUGGUGGAAAGGUGAUCUAAAGAAUACGACUGAUGCUCAUGCAGAUAUUCUACAGAAUAUAUUGCCGAAUUUUAAUAUUGGUUCCACUUUUAAAAUCUGUUCAACGUGUAGAAGUGCUUUAGACAAGGGAAAAAUCCCAUUAUUAUCAACGUACAACGGUUUUUCAUACCCAAAAAUUCCACUUCAUUUGCCUAAAUUAAAUAUUAUUGAACAGCGGCUAAUUUCACCAAGAAUACCAUUUAUGCAGAUACGGAGAUUGAGGCACAUGAAUGGACAGUAUGGUAUUUAUGGACAAAUAAUUAAUGUUCCUGUUAAAGUUGAUACUAUGGUAAAGCAGUUACCCAGAAAUCUCGAAGAUGAUCAUUGUUUUUAUGUUCAUUUAAAAAAAAAAUUAAUUCAUAAAAGCAGCUACGUCCAUGGGCUAGUUAGUAAAAAGAACAUCAAAGAAUGGUUAUCUUAUUUGGUAAAAACACCACUUUACAUUCAUGAAAAUAUUACCAUCAGUGAAGCAUUUCUGAAUAAUUAUUCAGAUACUGAAAUUAAUAAUGAUAUUUCAAUUGAAGAAUACAGUGAACAUGUUCCAAUUGAAGAUAAUCUGACUGCUCAGCAACAAACUAUGUUAUGGAAUGAAGAUGAAAUGUUACUAAUGGCACCAGGCGAAAAAAGUGCCCCAAAAAGUCUUUUAUUUGACCAGUAUGCUGAAGAGCUUUCAUACCCUACGAUUUAUGGUGGACAGUUCAGAAAUUAUAAAGAGGGAUGCAAUGUAACUUCUUUUAUGCAAGCUACCAGCGAACUACGACGUGCAGAUCGCCGUGCCACAGACCCUCAACAUCUUUUGUAUGUAGCAGCAAAAAUUAUGAGACAACGAGUUAGCAGCUCUGUAAACGUUGCUUUUAAACAUGUUGGAAGCAAUACUAAAAUUACUAAAGCAGACAUUCAAUCUGAAGAAUACAUUAAUUGUUGUAUAGAAAGUAAUCUCGCAUUUCUUCGAUGUAUACCAAACUCUGCUUGGUAUUGGACUGAACGGAAAAAAGAACUUUUUGCUAUGAUUAGGCAAUUAGGAGCACCGACUGCUUUCAUGACACUUAGUGCAAAUGAAACAGGAUGGACAGAUUUACUAAAAAUACUAUAUAAACUUAAAAAUAAUGGAGUGGAUAUUUGUGAUGAAUUUUUAUCAAAAAUGUCUUAUGUACAAAAAGCUGAACUAGUUAAUGAAGAUGCAAUUACUUGUGCUAUUUAUUUCAACAAGCUAGUAAAUUGCCUAAUGAGUAUUUUACAAAGUAAAAGAGGCAAUCCAUUUGGUAAAUAUAGAGUGUGUCAUUUUUUUAAACGUAUUGAAUUUCAACAUCGAGGAAGUCCACAUGCUCAUAUACUUUUAUGGUUUGAUAAUGCGCCUGAAGAUUUACUAAAUAACACUCGAGAUUUUAUCGAAAUGGUAGACUCAUUAAUUUCGGUAUCUGAAUCAGAGGCAUCCGGAAAUAUUAAAUUACAAACACACAAACACACUUUUACAUGUUACAAAAACAUGAAUCCUGCAAAAAAAAACAAUUGCCGUUUUGGAGCGCCAUUCUUACCAUUUCGGAGGACAAUAACGUUACGGCCAAUGAAAAAUACAGAUUCAAAUUACUCUGUUGAAAAAUUUCAAGAAUAUAAGAGACAUUACAAGUUACUUACAAAUAAUUUAGCUAAUUUUGAUUACAAAGAUUUUGAUGAGUUUUAUUCGAAAAAUAAUAUUAUCUCAGAUCAACAUUAUCACGAUAUUAUUUGUGCUGGCAUUGUUCGACCAAAGUUAUUUUACAAAAGGCUGCCAACUGAAAAGUGGCAUAAUCCUUUUAAUCCAUUUGUAUUUCAUUGUUUAAAAUCUAAUAUGGAUUUUCAAAUUAUUCAAGACGAAUAUGCUUGUGCUGCUUAUGUCGUUGAGUAUGUUAAUAAACAUAAUAGAGGCAUCAGUAAUUUACAACGAUUAAUUAUUGAAACUAUGGACGAGCAUCCUGAGUUUGAUAUCGUUGAUAUCACUAAAAAAUUAAGUAUUGAUAUACUCAAUUCUGUAGAAAUGCCAGCACAAGAAGCAGCUUGGUAUUUACUGCGAGAACCAAUGGCAAAAGCAUCUAUAAUAUCUGCUUACAUUCCAACCAUUUAUCCGAACGAACGUCAAAGAAUAAGAAAAUCAAUGAAAGAGUUAAGCGAGUUAGGUGACGAUUGUACAAAUAUUUGGAAAGAUAAUUGGUUUGACAAAUAUGAAAAAAGACCUAAUACUUUAGAAGAUGUAACAUUAGCUCAAUUUGUCGCAAAUUAUGAUAAAAAUAAAAAAGGAGAGUUCAGAAAAAGGAAACAGCCAAGAAUUAUUAGAUAUCGCAAUUAUGACAUGGCAAAAGAUUUCAAUGAUUACAGAAGAGAAAUGGUGUUACUUUACAUUCCAUUUAGAAGUGAAGACUAUGAAAUUCUUGCUGAAAAUAAAUUUAUUAAAAUUUAUGAAGAUAAUAAAGACCUCAUAUUACAACGCAGAAAAGAAUUUGAAUCGAACUUGGACAUAGAAAAGACCCUUGAAAUUUGCAGACAAUUAGGCAGAUAUGACGAUGAUGACAAUGAAGGUGAACAGCUUAGAGAUGAGGCCAGAGUCUUAUUUAAUGAUGAUCCAUAUGAAAGGCUACUGCAAGAUGUUGACUCUUCCAUCAAUGCUGACAUACAAAACGCCACAAUCCAAAAACUCGGCGCCAUCGCAAAAAAAAGAGAAAAUCUGAUGGACACAAAACAGUUUAAUGAACUUAUGAGAUCAACGAAUAGUAAGCAAAAAGAGCUCUUAAUGCAUAUUAUAUCUCAUCUGCAAACUCCAGAUACUCAGCCAUUUCAAAUUUUUUUCACUGGUCCAGCUGGUAGUGGUAAGACUUUUGUAAUAAGACUAAUAAUGGACAUCUACAAUCGUUUUACUAACACUGAUGGUUACUGCAAUGCAUAUAUAACUUGCGCAUCUACUGGAAAAGCUGCUGUGGCGAUAGAUGGAACAACAGUUCACACUGCUCUUAAAAUUUCGAUUUCAAAACUAUUGCCGUUAUCAUCGGAAAUGUUGCAUUUAUACAGAUCUCUCUUUAGAUACGUGAGAGUAAUGAUUAUUGACGAAAUCAGUAUGAUUAGUGCAGAACUUUUAGCUAAGAUUGAUAUGCGUUUGAAACAAAUUACCGGAAAUAAAACUGCUGAUUUUGGUGGUAUUGAUAUCAUUUUAAUAGGUGACUUGCGUCAAGCUCCACCAGUAAGAUCUACAUUAAUUUAUAAACCAAUUAAAACACGGAUGGUUGGUCCACAUUUGUGGCGAGGUCUCAAAUUUUUUGAAUUAACAGAAAUAAUGAGACAAGCCAAUGCUACAUUUUCAUCAAUUCUUACGAAAAUUGGAAACGGAGACGUUUUAAAACAGUCCGAGUUAGACCUCAUUGAAUCGAGAUUUUUCACAAAAGCUGAAGCAAAUCGUUUAUGUCCAAACGGACUCCGGUUAUUUCAUACUAAUACUGCUGUUAAUCAUUACAAUAACACAGUUUUAGAAAACUAUCCAGAUAAAGUUAUUUCUACAGCUACAGAUGUCAUUACUGGAUCCAAAAAUGCUGAGCAUGAAGCGUCCAUUCGAGUGGCGUUACAUAAAAAAUCAGUAAUUGAUACUGGUGGAUUACCUUACCAAAUAAAUUUAGUAAAAGGAAAAAAAUAUCUUAUAACUACCAACAUUGAUGUUACUGAUGGAUUAGUCAAUGGCGCUGUUGAUAAGUUGGUUCACAUAGAUUUUAACAAAGACAACAUUCCUUGUCGUCUUUGGUUAGAAUUUAGUUCAAUCAAAGUUGGUAGAAAAAGAAGAAAAAAAUAUGCUUCAUUGGCUGUUCAAAGCAAAAUUGGUAAGCGUGCUGUUCCCAUUGAGUUGCGUACAUCAAACAUUACUUGGACACGAAAUAAAUCUGUUAUUGUCAAGCGAAAACACUUUCCAGUAUUAGCGGCAUCUGCAAUGACCAUUCAUAAAUCCCAAGGUGGAAGUUUUGACCAAGUGGUUUAUGAAUAUGACAAAAAACAUCCACAACAACUUGUUUAUGUCGCACUAUCUCGGGUUACAAGUAUUGACGGUUUAUUUAUUGUUACCCCAGAUGACGACUCAACCAAAUUCCGAUUUCAUCAUAAUCGAGUGCAAGCGACAUCUACGGUUUCUUUAAAUCAAGAGUUUGAAAGGCUAUCCUUAAAUUUAUUACAAACUAAAACUCAGGCCAUCAUUGAUUUUAUUAGUAGUAAAAAAGGUCUGUCUUUAUGCACUUUGAACAUUCAAAGUCUUAAAGCACACAGAAAUGACUUAAUUGAUAUGGUUACCGAAAAAGUCAAUUUUUUACUACUCUCAGAAACGUGGUCGAAUAAUCAAGAAGAACUUAAUAAUAUAUCUAAUUUUAACUGUAUUGCUCAUUUUAAACGUAGCAAUACCACUGCUGCAGCUGGAGUUGCUAUAUAUCAAAAUAAGAAAGAUAAAACCAAUAUAGUAACAACUCAAAACAUGGAGGUCAUAGCACAUAACGAUCAACAAAAUAUCGUGAGAAGUUCCAGUGUUGCGGAUAUUUGUGCCACAGAGUGUAUUAUGGGUAAUGGUCUUAAAUUGGUUAUAGCCGUUAUCUAUGUGUCACCUGGUCAGAAAAUUAAAGAUAUUAAGGAAUUUAUUCAUAAAGCACUUUUUGAAUAUACUGAGGAAGCUUCUGAGUGUUUUGCAGAGUAUAAUAAAAAUUUACAUAAAUUGCCAUUAAUUUUAUCUGGUGAUUUCAAUAUUGACUUCUCAAAUGAAAAAUCAAAACCACUAGUUCAAUUUCUUUUUGAAAAAUUUAACUUGAGAAUCAACAAUGAUCCAAAUGUUUCAACAACAAGAUUCAAUACCACCAUUGAUGCAGUGUUUUCAAGAUACUUACGAAAGAUAGAAUCUCAAAUUUAUGUUUCUUAUUUUAGUUAUCACAAACCAAUUAUCUCCAUCAUAGAAAGUUGUGAUUUAAAUAAAAUUUAAAUUUGUAAAUAUAUAAUAAUAAACAAUAAUAAUUACAGUUAUAGCACUAAAUUUUACUUUUAAAUAAUGUGCUUGUAAAAAUAUAUAA